AUGGCAGCAGCUGAAGCAGCUGUCAAAGAGAAGAUUGUGAAACUGGCUGAAGAGACCUUCUGUGGCUCUGGGGAUAUCGAAGCACAAGAUGCCAAGUCGUUUCACCAAUACUUUUUGCAGACUUACCCACCUGGCUCUGCAGAGCGCUCCAAGCUGCUUUCUGACCUUCACGGCUUGGAAAACCGUCUCAAGGCCUUGACAGGCUGGGUUCCGCCAGCUGCAGUUGACACAGUGCUUCCUUUCAAGGCUGGCCAGAUCCAAAGUUUUGUGGUUGCCCCUUGGCAGCUUGGGCUUGCAGCUGAGGAUUCAGUCAAGGGCCCGUCCAAGAUCGUGUACAUCUUGGAUACUGUGUCAAAUUUCUUGGCCAGCCCAUAUCGUUCUGAAAGGGAACCGCUUGACUUGCUGUUUUCUCCAGGGGCCCGCCCUGGUGAACCUGUGGUUGAUUGGUCCAUGGUUCAUGCGAUUGGAAUGGGAAAAAGUAGCGCAUGCCGAAUCAUUUUGGAAUGCACCCUGCGGCUUGGCCUCAGUGAUCUUGAGCUUGUGGCAAUUUCAGAUGUCUUGAAAGCCUUGCUGCGGAUGAAGGCCACUUAUGAACCAUCUGCCACAGAGGAGCAGCAGUUCAUGCGAAGCUUGGGUUUCAAAAGUCAAAUGGCUGAGCGAUCCCGACCAGACCCUCUGAUGGUAGCUUGCAAAUGGUCAGACCUGCUGCGUGGUCAGGGUUUGAAUUUUGCUGCUGUCAUUGACCAACGCAUUCAGGCAUACAACAAAGGGCGCACAGAAGCUGUAGCAAUUUCACAACAAGAAAAGGCGUUCAUCAAGCUGUAUGUCCACCAAGCCCCGGAGUUCACUGAGCUUCUGGAGUACCAUUGGCAAAAUUUCAAGGUUGCUGAAUCCGCAGUCCCUUUGAAAAUUUGGGCAAAUCCAGACCUCUCACCAGACACAAAGCAGAUUCGUUCUGGUGGCAAAGCCUUGUGGACAAACAUCUUGAAGUGGACCCCAGCUAAGAACUACUACUGGUUGCUUCGGGCGAUUGGAAUUUUCCUGAAGAAUUUGAAAGAAGCCCAGAUGGCAGGCAAGAACGUAUCCUUGAAAAGUAUGGCCAACAGGCUUCGCUCAAACUUCAAAGAUCCAUUGGCCCAUGACCAGGCUUCUCUUUUCGGCCAUUUCCUUCCAGAAUGGAAGUCUCAUGUCACAAACACCCAGUUGGAUGAUCUGAUUGCGCGCUUCAGCAAGGGUUACUUGAACAAGGAACUUGAGGAGAAGCUCAAGCUGAUGGAGCCAGAGCUCAAGGCAACGGAUUUUCGAUUCAUUCAGCAGGUCUCUGGUCAGUGGUCUUCGGUUCUUGGUUCCUCGGUUCUUGGUGAUGGAACACAGGAAGCUGAGCGCGCGAAAGAGCAGGCUGAAUUCAAUUUGUUUCAAUCCAGGCUGGCAAAAGAGGCCGCUAUGUUUUCUGACUACACCCGGCAGCUGCAACUGUUCCAUGCAAGGCAGCAUGAGGAAAAGGUUGCUGCAAACUUGUGCCUGAAGCAAGCCUUGGCUGCUGCAACAGACACUUUCUCAAACCACUGGAUGCCAUGCAGGCGCACCAGUGAAUCUGGGGUUCUGCCCUAUGUCAAUGAAGUCAUGGUCUCCUUUGCAGAAAGUGAGGGGAUUUCCAGCAGCAAAGCCUUACAGCUUCACAUUGCUUGCUUUGACAAGCUGGGCCUCCAUUGGUUUGCAAACGCAAAGCCCACUGUCUCCGUCAUUGCCAAUGCAGUUGGCGCUGCACCUGAGAAUGUGGCAGCCAUAGUGUUUGCCCCAAACGUUGGGAAGCCAGGGGAUGCAUACGACAUGCUGAAGAUUCAAGAAUCAGAGGAUGAACUGGACGCAAUGCUGCGGGAAGACACCUACAACCUUCGAGCCACCCGCGGCUUCAUUUCAUUUUCAGAAGAAUCGGUUGGAUGUGGCAAAUCUAAGAGGCCAGGUGGAACCACUUUUUGGUUUGUGGUUUCCAAGGUCCGGAAUGCAAAAGGCGAGCUCAUCUCCAAAUGGAAUGGUUGCUUCCUCCAGGUGCGAAAGCGUACAGUCGCGGAAUGCCCAGUGUUGCCACGCACAUCAUGGGUGAACCCGUGCUCACCCAUUGCUCGGCCACUUGGUGGCGCCAACAUUUCCAAAGCAGCUCGCUCCAAGCAGUGGGCCACAGGAGAAGGUUUUUGGCGCACUGUCUUGCAGUCAGCUGUGGAAUGGCUGUCUUUGGACAAAUCCUGGGUGAUUUUUGUCGUCGAUCUUCACCCUUAUGACGGCACACUUCAAAAGUGCAUCACGAAUUUCCAUUCCAGUGCAGGCAAACUGCCUGAGUUUGCUUCCAUUGCUCCCAUUUGGGCGAAUUUGGGUUCUAUUGAUGAUGGUGAAGGUGACAAGCCAGACAACCUGCGAAUUGAAGCUUUUUGCCGACAGUCUCUCAAAACCCACAUAGAAGGAGAACUGCGCAGUGGUCGAUUGAAGGUAGCAGGCUUCACCAUGCCAGAAGCCAAUGAGCAGACUGCUGUGAGCCCACCAAUUUACAAUGAGGACUGGCUCGACAAAGUGACAGCCACCUUUCCUACUUUGGGAGAUGAGGUCCAGAAGGCCAUUGGUGAGCACAACAAAGUGCACAACCCCUCUGGUGUUCCAUACAAAGGAGAGAAGAAGAGAACAGCACCCGAAGCCCAGGAGGAGGAAGAGAAAUCAGCUGUGACAUUGGAGCCGGUUGACACCACCAUUGAGAAGUUGUCCCCAGACGCGCAACUCUGCGGACCAGAUGGUCACUAUGAACUUCUGGUGAAAGGUCCCCAUUUGUACUUGCAUGGGCUUGCUGACUGUGUCGUGAGUGCACAGAGCCCCGUGUGCCAUUUUUGGGGCAGAUACCUCUGCGGGUCAACGGACAAGAAAGAUAUCGCCAAGUUUCAAGGCCAAAUGCUUCCAUGGCAAAUGGACAGCAAGGAGUAUGUAGCUUGCUUUGCAGUGGAAGAUGAAAGCAACAAUGUGGACUUGGCAGAUUUUCCCCAGAACCCUCAAAGUUUGAUUGCAUUCUUGCGUCACCUGGAGGAAAAUUCACUUGUGGGUGUCAACAUCGAGGUCCAUGAGGUCAAGUACACACAGAAGCCUGAUGCCUUGCAGCCAGGCCAAGUGACUACAGAGUACAGCAUCAAGCCCACUGAGGAAUGUUAUUUUCUGCCACAGCCAUUGCCAAAAAACACAAAGAUCUUGUUGGAGAAUGCGGCUUCUGUGAUUGCAAAGGGCGAUUUUGAUUGGAACACUGGCCGCCACUCCAAAAAUCAUUUGCAGAUGUACCUCAGCCUUGAGUUCCACACAGCUCGGAACACCAUUUUGCCACGCAGGCCAAAGGUUUUCCUGACAAAGCCAGUGAAGCUCACUAAGGGCCAGAUUGCUCUGGCUGAAGCAAAGGACAUUACCCAAGACCUCGAUGUUGUUGAGCUGUGGUCCGGUGUGGGCAGUAUUGCCGGAGCAGCCCAGGAGAAAUUCUUCAAGGCCGAGACCAUAGAACUCACAGAUGGCCAAGACCUUACCUCCAAGGAGGGGUUCAAGGAGGCUGAGGCCAAGGUUUUGCGACUUGGCAAAGGCAGUCUCUUAUGGAUGGGUUUGCCUUGCAAAAGUUUUGUCUUCCUCAAUGCCAGCAAUUGCAAGCGCAACCCAUACAACCAGUACAAAGGUGAUACUUCGUAUCAACCAGUGAAGGAAGGCAACCUCUUUGCAAAUGAAGCAAAGUAUUUGGGCCAAUUGGCUCUGCAGCGUGGUGUCCAAGUUGUCAUUGAGAAUCCGCCUCAGAGCACCUUGUGGCAAUACCUUCCCACCAGCUUCAUGAAGCAGCUUUCAAGCUCAGCAGUUUGUCACCGAUGCUCAUUUGAAAAGGCUCCUGAUGGAAAACGGCUUUGGAAGCAGUACAAGUUCUACUGCUCUGACCCAUGGAUUGGUGACCUGCAGGUCGGGUGCAAGUGCCAGCAGGGCCACAUUGCCUUGACUUCAAAGAAGGAUGGCAAGGUGACAGGGAAGUUGGAUCUUUUGAGCGAGUCCGCUGCAUAUCCCAUUGCAUUGGGCCAAGCUGUCAUCUCUGCAUGGUCCAGCCAGGAUGUUCAUGAUCCUGUGGGUGAGCCACGAGCCAGCAAGCGCUCGUGGCAGAGCUUGGAUGUAGUGCCCCAAGACAAAGGGCGCGAUUGGAAAACCAUUCCUGUGGAUGAUGAAGUUGCCCAAGCAGUAGUGAAGAAACGCAAAGCUUGCAUCUCAGCUGCUUCAUGGCAAGAGUUGAUGCUGUCAAAGCCAGCUGACAAAGAAUUGAACCAAUAUGAGACCAAUGGCAUGGACAAGAAUCGCAUACAAAGGGUCUUUGCGGAUGGCUGUUCCUGCAAACGAAACUGCAUCAGCACACUCUCUUUUGCAGAUGCUGUUGGUUGGUGCCACGCUUUCCACAUGGCUGACCAAGCAAAGCGACAGAUUUUGCUAUUUGCCUUGUACCACCCCGACAUAGAGUGGGAAGACAAGGAGGCUUUGACAAUUUCUGAGAGACACCAGAAAACUUACUUGGAAGUUUCAGGUGUGCGGGUGUGUGUUGCAGCAUUUUGCCGCUUGCUUGGAGUGAGCAAGAAGACGUUUUACAAAAUGAUUUUUGGGCAACCAGACAUGCGCCGGAAGGAGUCUGGUGCUAAGCCAACUUUCUGUCCUCAACAAGCCAAAGUGGAUGAAUUUCUUCGGGACAUCUAUCAAUCUGCAGCAGUAGUACCUGAAGACGGCGGAAGCUUGGAUGAAGAGGCAGAUGCAACCCAGAAACUCAUGGAUUGGUGCCAGCCAUCAUCCCCUGUGGAAUUCGUCAUCCAAAAUUGCGGGGGGAAGGUGAAUGCAUUGAGGCGGUACUUGCCACAUGGUACACCCACAGACUUGUAUUGGCAAUACUUGGCAUGGCAUGAGGCACGCAUUGCAGACGGCCACCCAACUGAGGUCUUGGGUUCACAGGUCCUGGGUUCUCAGGUUCUUGGUCCUGGGUCGUCGGUUCUUGGUAGAUCUGCUCCAGCAUCCUGGUCAACCUUUUGGCGUGCGUACCAGAGAUGGCAUGACAUUCUGCGACCCCGUGCCAAGUCAGACCACGCACAGUGCCAGACUUGCUUUGACUUGCAAACAGAUUUGUAUGCAAAGCACACAAGUCCUCAAAAGAAAUUGGAGUUGGCAGAUGCAUGGAGGGUCCACUUGCAGCAGCAAUAUUUGGACCGCCAGAUCUAUUGGAAUCUCAGGCAUUGUUCGCGGCAGCCUGGGUCUGACAUACUGACAAUCAUCAUUGACAGCAUGGACAAAAAGAAAACAGUUUGGCCAAAGUGGUCAUUUGACCGCCCCAGCAAAGAAAUCGAGAAAUUGGGUGCACGUCCAAGGGUGGUUGUGACUGCUGCACUGGCCCAUGGUUACGUCACUUCAUGGUUCCUAGCCCCAGAUGAAUUGACCCAUGGAGCUGAUGCAUAUUGCGAAGUGCUUUGCCAAGUGCUUUGCCAAGUCAUUGAGCAGGUCCAUCAGCUUCGUGGCUCUAAGCCUUUACCUCGCCAUCUGGUUCUGCAAGUCGACAACACAGUGGCCCAGGCCAAGAAUGGGUUCGUGGGAGCUUUUUGCGCGUAUGUGGUUGGAAAACAAAUUUUCCAGUCAGUGACCAUGAAUUUUCUCAUGGUUGGACACACACAUGAAGAUAUUGACCAAAUCUUCUCACUCUUGGUCUCCCAAGUCAUCCGGAGGUAUCGAUAUGAGACUGUCCAAGACCUGAAGCAAUGCAUGGAAGCUGUGCUGGCACCCGCAUUUCACGCACGCCAUGAAGAUUUCAAGGUAACAGAAUUAAAUUCUGUGAGGUCUUUUGCUGAGUGGUUGAAGCCCCUUGGGGUCACCCAGCACGGGUGCUGGCAGACUCGCCAUGGCAUUGAGGCGCCCCAUAGUUUUUGCUACAAGCUGUUCAUGGAUUUAACUGGGGAAGAGAAAGCAAAGGCCACCCAUCAUCGCUGGUUUGGCGCAGCAGGUGACAAGGAUGUCAUGUGCUGCAUCAAAACAUAUAUGAGAGACACGCAGUUGCAGCAGCCCCCGCUCUGUGUCCUUCCUGCAGACUGCUUGGACAGUAUCCGGACUUUCUCUCCUGAUCGCCAUGUUGGACCAUCUAUGACUGCUGCUGAAAUUGAACGCUUCAAGUAUUUUGCCAAUGUUAUUGAUGAUCGACGCUACGGCUACCACAGGGCAGCUGCAGGUCUUCGGUCCUUGGUGCAAAGGUGCUCGGUUCUUGGUCCACCAGGCCCUGAAUCUGACCUGGCAACCCCAUGGCUCCUCAAUGUGAAUCCUGACCGGGCACCAUUGGUUUAUCCUGACAAAAACCCCUUCUUCAGCCACUUGCCAGACAGCUCGUGGCACAUGAAGGUACAAGUUCGAAGACAAUAG